GUUUUUAGUCGCUAGCAGAGUCAGAUCAGAAAACAAAAAAAAAAAAAAAUUACAGUCAGCUUUAUAGUAUACCAAAUUUUUAUUGAAAAUUGUUAAGAGUAAACGAUGCAGCCCCAGAAGAAAAUGUGCAGAUGUUUGAUCAAUGUAACGCGUUGCGUGCAACAAGUUUGUUCCUACAGCACUAGGCGCAAUAUCCUGGCCAUGCAGGCCCUGUCCACUCGUAAAACUCUGGAACGCAAUGCCCCCGAAGAGGGGGCGGUGGGGACGGCUGAUGACAGUGGGAGGGGCAGUGGGCGUGGCCUUAAGGCGGGGGAUCGCCUGCCCACCGCCGUGAGUCUCGUCAGCCGCAAUGUUCCGGAGUCUUCUAGAAACGAGGUGAAGGCGGCAUACCUUCGGUAUGGCAAAUCAAUGACCGAUUUGGCCAAGAGUGCCCGAAAAUUAUACAAGAGUGCGCGAUUGAGGAAUGUUCCUUCUCAGCAGCGUUUGUCCCAGACAGUCGAUCUCCUCGGUCUUAAGGCUGUAAAAUCACCAGAGCAGGGUGUAUGCGCAAUAACCGAGCGAUUAACCAAAUUAUUUUUACCCGACCCCUCGGACUAAACGAAAAUAAUCAGCAGUCUCACAAAUAAGGCUUACAUAUCAACUAUUUGGAAUCUCUUUUAAAAGGUGGUUAAAUGGCAAAGGAAAGCGUGAAUGUUUGUAACUUUGUAACGUUUUUUAAAUAUAUUGCCCAGACCUAAAACCAUCAA